GAUACUUGGAAACUGCUUGAAACUCUUGAAAUCCAUCUUGAAUCUUUCUUGAUAUUGCUUUGUACUUGUUCUUGAAACUGAAAUCCAGAAAUGGAUAAUGAUUAUUGAAAUCCUUAUUAUCUUGAUACUUGUCUGAAACUAUUUCUUGAAACUAUUUCUGGCAUUGUGCUUGGAAUCGGUUCGUAAACCUUGCUUGAAAUUAAUUCUUGUUGGAAUUCUACUCUUGAAAAUCGACUGAUAUUGUUAUUGGAAUCUAUUCUUGAAAAUCAAUUGAUAUUUGGUUUUUGGAAUCUACAUCCAAGGCCAUAUAAACUGCAAUGGUUAAAUGAUUGUGGAGAAAUCAAGGUAAAUAAGCAAGUUCUGGUUUCAUUCUUUAUCGGACGAUAUAAGGAUGAGAAAUCCCGGAUCUGCUCUGCUCUGCUCCUCACCGUCGGCUGCUCUUGUUUGUGGGUGCGAAAUUCUUCAAAUUUCUGUAGAUCCCCCUGAAUUUCUCCUUCAUUCCCGCCGGCUUCCCCUAACUUGCAACUCCGGUUUUUGCUACUGAAUUCUGGUUCUUGAUCAUUGGUUGCCUUAGCACUUGGAUUGAGUCCUCGGUUUAGGUGAUUGAGGAAGCGAAGUCAAGGACGGGGAAAAACAAGGGAAGUGACGAGUUAGAAGGCUAGCCAUCUUGUAAAUUUGAUAUAGAUUUUAGAUAUAGAUCAUGUUCUUGUAAGCUAGAUUUUAAUUGGAGAUUUAAUAAAUUCAUUUAAUGGAU